AUGAUUAAAUUCGUGACAUUCAGCGUCAAAUUGUCAUUUGCUCCGGUUUCACAACGCAACGUUUCUAAGCGGAAGUGGAAUGCCAAAAAGCUUGAUCCAGAGGCAUUGAAAGCUUCGCUUGCACGAAGCUGGUCUAUUCUUCAGAACAACACGACUCCGGAUGCGUGCAGCGAGACGGAAAUGGCAGUGCUAAAUACGAUGAAGGAAAUUGCUGCCGCAUGUGAGGCCUCUAUGCCGCGGCUGAAAAAUCAGAAAUUCCACAGGCCGGCGUACUGGUGGUCAACAGACAUAGCAGAACUUCGCAAAAUAUGCCAUCAGCUACGACGCCGAGCAACUAGAGCCGCGAAACGCUCCCCAAGCCAGGACAAAAAGGGAUUAGAAACCAGUAUUAACAAGAAGUAG